UGCACCAUCUCCACCUCACACACAGCAGCAUGGCGUCCACCGAGCCGCCCACCGCACAGCUGGCCGCCUCCAGCCUGGAGAGCGCCGGUGCGCCGCCCGCUGUUGCGGCCGCGGGCGCCGAGCAGAAGGUGACGCCGUGGGACGUCGAGGGCGCGACCGUCGACGGGCAGCAGGUCGCCAUCGACUACGACAAGCUCAUCGUGCAGUUCGGCACGCGCAAGAUCGACGCACCGCUCCUCGAGCGCUUCGAGAAGGUCACUGGCUGGCGCCCGCACCCGCUGCUGCGCCGCGGCGCCUUCUUCAGCCACCGCGAGCUUGACCUCAUCCUCACGCGCUUCGAGCAGGGCAAGCCCUUCUACCUCUACACGGGCCGCGGCCCGAGCAGCGACAGCAUGCACCUCGGCCACCUCAUUCCCUUCCUCUUCACCAAGUGGCUGCAGGAUGUCUUUGAUGUGCCGCUCGUGGUCCAGCUGACGGACGACGAGAAGUUCCUCUUCAAGGCCAACCUGAAGCUCGAGGAUGUCCAGCGCUUCGCACGGGCAAACGCACGCGAUGUCAUUGCCUGCGGCUUCAACCUGAAGAAGACGUUCAUCUUCUCAAAUCUCGACUACAUGGGCGGUCCCUUCUACCACAACGUUGUCCGCAUCGCGCGCACGAUCACGACGAGCCAGUCCAAGGCGACGUUCGGCUUCGUCGACAGCGACAGCGUCGGCAAGCUGCACUUUGUGGCCAUCCAGGCUGCGCCGUCCUUCUCCAACUCGUUCCCGCAGAUCUUCGGCUCGCGCAGCGACGUGCCGUGCCUGAUCCCCUGCGCCAUCGACCAAGAUCCGUACUUCCGCCAGACGCGCGACGCGGCCGUGAAGCUCAAGUACCCCAAGCCGUCGCUCAUCCACUCCAAGUUCUUCCCGAGCCUGCAGGGCAGCCAGACGAAGAUGAGCGCGUCGAGCGAGACGAGCUCCAUCUUCAUGACCGACACGCCCAACCAGAUCAAGAACAAGAUCAACAAGCACGCCUUCUCCGGCGGGCAGGAGACCGUCGAGGAGCACCGGCGGCUCGGCGGCAACCCCGACGUCGACGUGGCGUACCAGUACAUGACGUUCUUCGUCGACGACGACGAGGAGAUGGAGCGGUUGGCCAAGAACUACCGCUCUGGCGAGCUGCUCACCGGCGAGCUGAAGAAGCAGUGCAUCGCCGUGCUGCAGAAGAUCGUCAAGGACUUCCAGGAGCGCCGGGUCAAGGUCACCGACGAGAUCCUCGCCGCCUUCAUGGACGCCUCACGGCCCAUCGACGGCCUCGCCGUCACGCAGCCGGGCUCUACCGUCAACUCUGCAUCGGCACGCGAGACGACCGUCGACUCUGCGGCAGACGCGGCGGCGGCACAGGCAUAG